CACCCCAUCAUUGGUGUCAGUGGGAGGAAUAGCGCCCCAUCAUUGGUGUCAGUGGGAGGAAUAGCGCCCCAUCAUUGGUAUCAGUGGCAGGAAUUGCGCUCCAUCAUUGGUGUCAGUGGGAGGAAUAGCGUCCCAUCAUUGGUAUCAGUGGCAGGAAUUGCACCCCAUCAUUGGUGUCAGUGGGAGGAAUUCCGCCCCAUCAUUGGUGUCAGUGGGAGGAAUUGCGCCCCAUCAUUGGUAUCAGUGGGGAGAAUAGUACCCCAUCAUUGGUGUCAGUGGGGAGAAUAG